UGUGUGGCACCGACGUCAUCGUGGCCGCCAUGUUUGGGUACUAGCACGGUUGAAAAGGUGCGCCUGUUACGUCACGUGAAAGCUAUCUAUAUACGUCGCGUGAAAGUCAUCUAUAUACGAUUGUUCGCAGAGCGCCGGAACCACGCGCGGGACUUCAUCAAGAGUCUCCGCCUGAAUCAGUGGAGCGGCAUCCUCAUCAUUUCCGGGGACGGGCUGCUUUACGAGGUGUACAACGGCCUCAUGGAGCGGCCCGACUGGGAGCUGGCCGUCAAGAUACCCAUCGGCAUCAUCCCCGGUGGAUCGGGAAAUGGCCUGGCGCGUACCAUCAGCCACGCCGCCAAUGAGCCUUACGUGAGCGAUCCGAUUCUGGCGUCCACGCUGGGCAUCGCCAAGGGACGGGUGGCCCCUCUGGACCUGAUGAAGGUGGAGACGCCGUCGGGACCGCUCUACUCGUUCCUGAACGUCGGCUGGGGCAUCAUGGCCGACAUCGACAUCGAGUCCGAGAAGCUGCGUGCCAUCGGGGAGAUACGCUUCACCCUGUGGGCCUUUUGGAGGGUCUUCAACCUGCGCACCUACCACGGCCGGAUAUCGUACCUGCCGGCCACCGAGAAGAUGAAGGGCGGCAACGGAGUCAUCUCGCGGCUGGUGACGUCACCGUCGUCGCGCAACGGGCCCUCGUCACCCCCUCCGCCCCGCAACCAGUCGUCGGGCGCCGACCUCGGUGAACUACGCGGCCAGAACGGCAACACGCGGACGUUUCACAGGUCUGAUAGCGCUCCGGAAGGCUACCGCACGGACGAUUACGUGACGUCGCAGAACGAAGGGAACGACAGUGGCCUGGAGAGGGCUACGGGGCGCGCCGUGCCGGCUGGCACCGAGGACCACGCGACUCCUCUCACGGGCGAGGAGCUGCCGCCCGAGCUCGAACUGGUCGCCGACUCGGGCGUAGAGCGCGUGCCGGGUCCCAAGCCGCAGGCAAGCGAGACUUCCUUUCUACCUCCUUUCACUCGCCACGCGAAAGGAGCACCGUGGUGGCGCGGUCGCUAUGGCGUCCUGCUGCACGAGCACGAUGUCGCGGGUUCGAUUCGCGGUCCCGGCGUCCUCAUCUCGUCGGGGGUGAAAUGUAAAACGAAACGCUCGUGCACGUAACUUAGGUGCAAGUGAAAGAACCCCAGAA